UCAGUGCAAGCAGAAGAAACUUGAUCCUACCGCAGCCAACCAGCGGUCGGUUUUAGGCGAUAGACUAUUCUUGAUAAGAUUCCCGAUUAUGACCUCCGAGGAAUUCGCCAACGGACCAGCCAAGUCGGGUUUAUUAUCGGCCGAGGAAUCCGACCAGCUUUUUCAGUUUUGGUUCACUAAAACACCAUUACCCGAGAAAUUCGUCAACCGGAUAAGAGUGGGCAGCCAAAUCGAAGUGACUGUAUCCAGGUUUGGCAAAACGAUCAGCUCGUCUUGUUGGACCUACAUGGCUAGAUUUCCCGAUGUCAUCAUGUUUUCUGUCACACCCGACCAACACCCUUGCAGUGCAGAUUUGAGCAUGGCGACGAUUAACUUGGUGGCUGUUGGUGCAUUUGUCCAAAGUCCAUUUCCUGCCGGCGUGCAAUGUGAUGUGGCCAUCAAAAUAUAUGACUACGAAGCGGCCAACACCAGUGGACGCUCGAAAAACCAACGAAAAAAGCUGGAAAGUGUUCGCCAUUCAGGGACCAUUCUCAGGAAGAAAAAUUUAACUGUUGCAAAACUCCAGUUGGGAACGGGGUUUCCGGUAGCUUUCGGCAAACGAUACGUUCUAUCACUGCAAACUUGGCAUGCAGUGGUUCCAAUGGGAAAGCAACUGUGACCGCUUCUUCUGGAAGCUGCUCGCUCUCAGUCCAGUUCUCCAGCGUUCUAGAUCCGGAAUAUGAACGUCAGCG